CACUCCCUCAUUCCGCUACGAGCUGCUGCUGGACCGACUGAAGGAUUCACCGGAACUCCAGCCCGUGCGGCUGUCACACUUUUAAAUAGGGGUUCGGUCCAAUAUGGCGGCAGACGGAUGGAAAUACUGAUGACAGUCCGAAAGAUCGCCUCGAUUUGUACGAUGGGCGCCAAUGCCUCUGCUUUGGAAAAGGAGAUUGGACCGGAACAAUUCCCUGUUAAUGAACACUACUUUGGGCUGGUCAAUUUUGGCAACACCUGCUACUGUAACUCGGUGCUCCAGGCACUGUACUUCUGCCGGCCCUUCAGAGAGAAAGUGUUGGCUUAUAAGAUCCAGCCGCGGCGGAAAGAGAGUCUGCUUACCUGCCUGGCUGACCUGUUCAACAGCAUCGCCACUCAGAAGAAGAAAGUGGGAGUCAUUCCACCGAAGAAAUUCAUCUCCAGACUGAGGAAGGAAAAUGAGCUGUUUGACAACUACAUGCAGCAAGAUGCACACGAAUUCCUCAACUACUUGCUCAACACCAUUGCAGACCUGCUGCAGGAGGAGAAGAGCCAGGAGAGACAGCAGAAUGGAAAGGUAGUACAGAAUGGUGGGAGUGGAAGCGGAGGAGGUGGAAGCGGCAGCAGCACAGGAGAAGGUGAAACAGAGGAAAAGACCCAGCAGACCUGGGUGCACGAGAUCUUCCAAGGCACGCUGACCAAUGAAACACGGUGCCUGAACUGUGAAGCGGUGAGUAGUAAAGACGAAGACUUCCUAGACCUCUCAGUGGAUGUGGAGCAGAAUACCUCCAUCACACACUGUCUAAGAGGUUUCAGCAACACGGAGACCUUAUGUAGUGAAUACAAGUACUACUGUGAGCAAUGCAGAAGUAAACAAGAGGCUCAGAAAAGGAUGCGGGUAAAGAAAUUGCCCAUGAUCCUUGCCCUGCACCUAAAGCGCUUUAAGUAUAUGGACCAGCUUCAUCGCUACACCAAGCUAUCUUAUCGUGUAGUCUUCCCUCUGGAGCUAAGGCUGUUUAACACCUCUGGGGAUGCUACAAAUCCUGACCGAUUGUACGAUUUGGUGGCUGUAGUGGUGCACUGUGGGAGUGGUCCAAAUCGAGGUCAUUAUAUCACUAUAGUGAAGAGUCACGGCUUCUGGCUUUUGUUUGACGAUGACAUUGUAGAGAAAAUAGAUGCCCAAGCAAUUGAGGAAUUCUACGGUCUGACGUCGGACAUCUCCAAAAACUCAGAGUCAGGGUAUAUACUCUUCUACCAGUCUAGAGACUGAGCCAGCAGGAGAGAUUAGAGGAAUGAGAGGGUGUGAUUUGUGAGAGACCGGAUCGGGCAGAAUGGGGGGGGCUUGGGCUGUGUUGACAGAGCUCUGUCUCCUGCUUCAUCCCCUCUCAGUCAAGUCCCUUUUCAUCCAGGCUUAUCAGUCGAGCUUUGCACUGGAGCGUCAGGCCCCAGACUGGAGCAGUUGAUGCCAGAGCGACCUGGACACAGCACAGCAAUCGCCAGGCAGACGUAAUCGCCGUCUGGUUCGCCGUCGUCUCACUAGCCUGCUUUGUGUUGCUCGGCACACACAAAACGCACAUAAACACAUGUGAAAUGAGCUACACAUACGUCUUGGUGGCCUGAGAACGGACACUGUACAAACUUUUUUUUUUUCUUUCCCCAUCACACACAGUAAUAAGGUUUAUUUUAAUAGUCUGGUUCGCUUCUCUGCAUUCAUCGUGUGAUGAUCUAUGUUUGGCGCAAUGUCAUGGUCAGUCCAGAAAGGCACACAAUGGUUCUUGCAAUGUCAAGGACCAUGCUACGUCUGCUAGUUCUCAAUGUGCUGUACGCAGAAGCAGUAACUCAUGUUGUCAUUGUAGUAGAGCUGCUCGACCUGAAUGGGUAAAUUUGAAGGGGUUUGGACGAAUAUGAAAAGGAUGAGCGUUUUGGUGUCAGGAACUUCACAAGUGAUCUCAUGUAGGGCUUAUUGGAAUGGGUUGACGAGCGCUCUGCUAAGGAUUGUGGAUAGCAGAGUAGUGUGUGGAUAAAGGAUGUAGCUUGGCUUAAGGAUGCUUUUUCAGUAUUCUGUGAAUGUAAAACAUUCUGUCAGUUCGUGUGGACUGUGAGCGAGUGUACAGAUUGAUUGUGUCAUCUAGUGCACACUAGUGUAACACACAUGGAGGAGAGAAAUCAGGGCUUUUUAAUAUUCCCAAUAUAAACUGAAGCUCAUAGUGAAACCAAAAGCUGCGCACAUUUCCAGUCGUGUUUCAUUAACACUGUGAGAUUGUCUGAAAUGAAUGUGGACUCAUUAAACAGUAGGAAUGUUGGAGGAUUGAGUAUAGUACGGCUCUGCACUCCAUUAUAUCGUCCUCUUUAACUCCUCUCUGGAUCUGCGUAGUCUUUUCCGGCCUCUUCAUUAAUAACAUUUGAACUCAAUAUUGGCCUGGAUGGGAAGCGAAGCACAGCCAGUGGUGAAGGGCAGUCUUUCUGUGAAUGUCUGCUCAAACCUGCUUGGCUCAGAAGUAGGUUGGUGACUCGGAUAAAGGGUUGCUUCUAAUUUGUAGCCCAGCCUGGAGGUUAAACCACUUUUUUUUCCUAGGUUGGCUUGAUGUUAGUGAAUCUUACUACCUAGACCAUCCUGCAAACUAUCGAGAUUUACAGGCACAAAUAAACAUAAGCAAGUUUAGGUAUUCAAGGAACUUAAAGUUUUUUUUGUGUGUGUGUUUUUAAAUAAGCUCAUUUUACAAGUCUCCAAAAGUUAAACAGUUGAGUUUUACCAUUUUUGACCAAGUCAGCAGGUCUUGCAGGAGCACUUUUAGCUUAGCUUAGCAUAGAUCAUUAAAUCGGAUUAGACCAUUAGCAUCUAACUCAAAAAUUGCUACAAUAGUUGUCUUAUUUCAGAGGUUGCAUCCUCCAAAGGAUGCAGACUUCAAGGGUGAGUCAUUCAAAGUCCACACAAGCCACACCGAGCAUUUUGAAAUGAGAUGAUCCAGCCUACAAAGGGACAUUUCUCAUCACCUAGCAACCAUAACAGCUGCCAUUAAUAAGCAGUAAUAAAAUUCGUAAUAAAAUAAUUUUUAUUUAGAGCGAUUUUAAAACAUUUUAAGCGAACUGAAGUGUUUAUAAAAGCAUAAUGAUGAAAACUGUCUACAAAAUCAUUUUUAGUAAGACAUGUCAUACUCUUUUUGUUUUUUAAUGUGUUUAUACCCAAGUAAAAUAAAACUUCAUUCAUUCAUUUAAUCUGGAGUUGGCUUUUUAAAACGUCCUGCCGUUAUCCGCACGUAAUCAAUUUUGGGAUGUUCAAGGCUGCUAAGUAUCCACCGGUUGUGUCCUUCAUUACUUGGGAAGCAAAGGACACAUUUUGAGGCUGCAUUUGAAGGAGCCUUCAAAAUUUUUUUUUAAAUGAGACCACCUUCAUCAAGCAGCCCCUUUUAAAUGUAUCCUUGGGUGGAUGCAGCCUGUGAAAUGAGACAGCUAAUAUUAUGCAGCACCUGAAAAUAGUCCCCAGCUAGCUAACGAAGUAAAAGAUUAGUAUAAUAUUGCACCUGCUGCAGGCAUAGUACUUGAUUAUUACGCCAAGUUUCCAACCAUAUUGGCCUAGAAAAGAGCCAAUUUUCAGUUUGUCCUAGUACAUGUUUAAACUACAGAAGAGUCAAGAAUAAGAAAAUUAUCAUAACUUUUUUUUGAGAGCCUAAUGCUAAUGGUCUAAUUCGAUUCAAUGAUUUAUGCUAUGCUAAGCUAAGCUAAUAGUGCUCCCCUGCCAGACUGAAAGGAUUCAAAAAUGGUCAAACUCAACUGUUUAACUCGAGAGAAGUUGUCAAAUGAGUGUUCCUUUAAAAAAGUUUUGCUAGUACAUGCCAGCGAGAUACAGCAGUAAAAGAGUCCAGUUUUGAGCAAAAUAGCUUUGUCCAUUGCCUCUCAACCACAUACCUGGAGGACCACCAGCUCUGCACAUUUUUCCAUGUCUCCUUAACCAAACACACCUGAUUCAGAUCAUCAGCUCAUUAGCAGAGACUGAAAGACCUGUAAUGGGUUUGACAAAGACAUCUAGAACAUGCAGUGCUGGUGGUCCUCCAGGAACGUGGUUGAGAAACACUGAAUUAGUCUGUUUUUCUUAUCUAACUUUAUCCCUGUUAAAUAAAGACUAAAAAGGAUGAUAAACGAUGGUAUAAAAACGAAAAAGUGGUCAUUUUAUUUGAUAAUUUCAGGUUUCCUGUGUAAAUGACACUGGUUUUAUUUGAUAGUUGGUUUGACGGAAACACGCUUUAAUCUGUGAGAGGUCAUAACUGACAGUGCUGCUGAUUAUUAUUCCACUCAUCCUGAAGUCUACUUGGUAUCGAUGCAUGUGUGGUAUAACAACUCUUGACAUUGUUAUAAAGCAUGCAUAAAGGUCUUAUAAACAAGACAUCACAACGUCUGUUAAGAGGUUUACGCUUCUCACUGGUCAGUUGAACUCACUGGCAUUGCGUGUCCCAAGUAGACUCAACUGUAUGUAGAAAUAAACUGACAUAUGGUGCCAUGUCAUGUAAAUUCCACAUUUACACAUACUACAGUGUUUGUAGAUGUGUCAUCAUCACUUUUGAAUUAAAGGGAUAGGUCACCCAAAAAUCUGAAUUCUGUCAUCAUUUAGUCACCAUUGACUUAUUUAAAACCAGAUUAGAGAUUAUAUUUUGAAUAAUGUUGCAAACCUGGAACCAUUGACUUCCAUGGUAGGAAAACAAAUACAAUUGAAGUAAAUGGUUUCCAACAUUCUUCAAAAUGUCUUCUUUUGUGUUUGGAACAAGUCAAGGUUGAGUAUAUGAUUGCAGAAUUUUCCUUUUUGUGUGAACUAUCCUUUGAAGGCUUCUCCAAGCGGAGUUAACUGGAUAUUUUAUUUCUUUGGUUUGUGAUCUAGUAUAGUUACGGGAGAAGGAUUGUUCCUUUAUUUUGAUGAUUUUAUUUAUGUGUAAUUAUAAAUGUUCUAUUAACUUUUCUUUGACAUUCUCUCUCUUUUUAUACAUUUUGCUAAUUAGUCCCUUAUUUGGACACCAGGUCUGUUGUAUGUGAUGAAGCAGAAAUGUAAGGGUGAACGUUGAAAUGACUUACCAGAUUAAUGCUGCAAGAAGCUCAGUUACUAGUCAAAGAAACAGUUAAUGCACUGAUCUGAGUGUUAGCUAGCUGUGGCAUUAGCAGACGGACGUGUACUGGAUCUAAUGCCAUGUCAUGCUAACGUUGUUUCAUCCCGCCCCUUCCUAUAACAUUGUAAUGAUGUUUAUUCCAUACUGGGUUUGAAAAAAAAGUGCACUUUCGAUAAAGCAAUGUACAAAUUGUAAACCAGGUGAAUGAUCUGGUUUGUGGAGUGGAGUGGACAGCGUGGAUGAAAGAUGGGACUGGGUCAUCCUGUCCCAAAUAAAAGCAAACAAAACGCAUCAACCACCUCAAGGGG